UACUAAAUAAUAAUCACACGCGGUUCAACACUUUUCAUUUCGUUUGGGACUUGCUGCCCAUUGGGCUGGAGGGAUCGAUCAACCAGUGGAACCUACUACCAGCCGAAUGGACGGAAUGAUUUUAGGGGAGCACAUAGUGGCGAACAUUGUAGUACUUGAGUAGGGAAUGGGCUACAUGUGUGUCUUUAUUAAUACCCACUAUGUUUAAUCAAUCGAAAUUGAUUUGAAGAAGGUGUUCGGAAAGUAGAAGCAGUUAUCAACGAGCGUGUUAUAAAUAUAACUUGGUGUUUGAUUUGAUAGUUCAUUGUUGCAUUGGUAUCCGGUCGGACAAAUAUUCGUGGCUCGUGGCGGUGAAGUGAUAAAUUUGACUUGGCAUAGACAGAAGAAGAGUAUAGUGAAAGGACGAUGAAAAUCACCAAAUGCCUGAAGUUGUGCUUAGUGCUUAGUUGUAUCCUUGUGGCCAUAGAUGCGGCGAAAAAGAACAAACGGGGUCUAUAUCAUGGCUUGACAGGAUACACAGUUCCAUUAGGCGUAGGACUUCAUCGUCCUUACCAUCCAAGUCCCUACGCGAAGUUUCCAGGAUUUUACAAAGGACUAGGAGGUGUGCUACCACCAGGAUAUGCACUGUUCCCUGGAAGUGCGUCUGUUGCGUCCUACCAUCGGAAUUUUCCAAAAGUUCCAGCAGUCUACGCGCCAAACUAUUUUCCAGCUUUUGGAGUACCUACUACCGGUGUUGUCCGACCGGUAACGAACCUAUCGCCGGUUGCACCAGUGGCUCCUUUGACCCCAGCAUUCCCAGCGAUCCCACAACUCCCUGCUGCUCAAGCUCCUGUCUACAUUCCUUUGGGAACUCCUCAACAAACCUCUUUCUUCGCCACCUAUCCUCAGAAACCGUUUAUUCCGGUGGCAGUUCCGGCUCCAGAGAAACCCAAGUUUCCCGUAUUCGUCCCACAGAAACCCGUAUUCACCACCGUGUCGAACUAUGUUCCCAGCAAUCUCAUCCCAACUGGAGUUUACAAUCCAUCGAUCGCUGUGUCGAACGUUUCUCCGACCUUCGUGGGAAUCCCGGUUGGCCCUACUGCCACAACCCCGACAGUAUCAACGGCCACUGUUACCCAAACUGCUCAGCAACCAUGGCGCCCGGUUUUGGUGAACCAUCCUACUGCCACACCCACCACCACAACGGUUUUCAAACCAUCGCUCAAUCUAUUACCUCCGUUCACUCUUCCAGCUAACGCUCAAGGUCAAAUCUACAUCAGCAGCACACCGGCCACACACGUCCAAGAUAGCCAGCAGCAUCAACAGCAGACUCUGUUAGAUCUAGAGCAGUCAUCACUUCAUCAUCAAGGUCAGGAGGAUGGUAGUGGAGCGUUCAAUGGUCAGCCGUACGAUGUCGCUUCGAACCACGGACGAUACUCGGGUCCUUCCAGCUACGACGUUGAUAUCACCCACAAUGGAUACCAGAAAAAGUGAAGGCACUACCCUUCGAAAAACCUAGGACCGUAUGACGCAGUCCGAUUGCCAUUUUCAUGUUGUUACUAGUUUUGCAUUUCCAUGUAACGAUUUAGAGUAGGAUACGACUAUUAAAAUUAU